CAUAAAUUCCACAGCCAUUGAAAGAUUCCAUUCUCUGUUUUGCAAUAAAAGACUCAGAGAAGUCUUUUUGGAGUUAUUAUCUAAAAGUUUUGAUGUCAAUGUCGUUGAAUCAUCAACCUCUCAUCAUCUUCCUCACUUCUUUAAUGGAAUUCAAUUCCAAGUUGUUGAUGGUAGGUGAAGGCUUAAUCAUGGAGGUUUCAAUGGCGGAGCUGCUCCAAUUCUUCAACCUUCCCCUGCUUUCAACUAAACCCUAAACCAUUUCCAUGGAAACGUUUCGGAGCUCUCUGUUUAUCCUAUCUCUUCUCUUCCUCCUCCUCCUCUCCGCCGUCCAUGUCCUCGCUCAGACAUACACUCCUCCGAACAAGUACUUCGUCAACUGUGGAUCAGCCUCCAACUUCGUCGAUGACACUGGCCGGAUCUUCGUCGGCGACUUGAAUGCUUCCGAUACUUUCAGGUUCACUCCGCGGAAUUCUCGCGAACUCAACGGUUUGAAUGAAUCCGUUAGGGUUUUCAAUCAGCCGGCGUUUUACGAAUUCGACGUCGAACGAGAUGCUUUUUAUAUUGUGCGACUUCAUUUCUCUCCUUCGAAGUUUCUCGCAGAUUUAUCCGCAGCGCUUUUUGAUGUUUCGGCUUUGGGAGUUUUCCUUCUGAAAAAUGUCAACGCCACCAACUUAAACGGUAACGAUUCUGCUUCGAUUAAGGAAUUCUUCCUGAAAAUAAAUACAGAGAAAUUUCGUAUUGUAUUCUUGCCGAAAUCUUCGUCUAUUGCGUAUAUAAACGCCAUUGAAGUGUUCCCCACGCCACCAGACUUCAUCCAAUCGGAAGCUCAGGAAAUUAUCUCAGAUGGAAGAAACGGCAGUGCGGCUAGGGUUUCACCUUUUCUGGUUUUGCAUACAAUUUACAGAGUUAAUGUGGGAGGUCCUGAAAUCUCAAUGAAGGGGGACAGAUUAUGGAGGAAUUGGGAGAUGGACGACGCUUAUCUGCUGAAUCCAAGCUCUGCAGUAAACAGCGGUAUUUAUUCAUCCACACCCAAAUACAAGAGCGAAACAGAUGUUUAUUUUGCGCCCGAUAUGGUAUACAAAUCGGCCAAGCAGUUGAAUGGAAAUGCCAGCUCCACGCGCACCUUUUUAAAUAUUACCUGGUCUUUUCCUUCGAGAAAACAUACUGUUCAUCUUCUCCGUGUUCAUUUCUAUGAUAUCGUCGGUGAAUCAACAAACAAGUUUCUUGUCUUCGAUUUGUAUAUUGGCGAUAGCUUCAGUAGGACGAUUGACGCUUCUAUGGAAGUUGGAGGCGUUUAUCCAUUUCAUUUGGACUUCGCCGUGGAUUCGGGUGAAAGUGGGUUGAUUAAUGUCAGUGUUGGUCCUCUGGAUAAAAAUCAAUCUGUAGAGUUCAAUGCGUUUCUGAAUGGGGUUGAGAUAAUGGAAGCCAUGGAUGAACAUAGCAAAGAUCCUGAGAUCAGUGCGCCUUGGCUUGAGAAAAGUAAGAACAAACUAGUGGGGCUUUGGGUGGGUUUGGCUGUUGGGGCUUUUGGUUUGAUCUGUAUGUUAGGCUGUGGGAUUUGGUUUGGUCUGAAAUGGAGGAAACGGAAAACUGAGGAAGCUUCAUAUACACAUACACAAUGGUCGCCAUUGUCGGCGUUUGGAGGUGGGAGUACUCACAGCAGGCUUACUGAUAGAACCACAAGCAGCUCCCCGCUCCCGAACUUGAAUCUUGGGCUGAAAUUCUCGCUUGCUGAAAUCAAAACAGCCACGAACAAUUUCAACAAGAAAUUCCUUGUUGGCGAGGGUGGAUUUGGGAAAGUGUACAAGGGAGUUCUGAAGAAUGGCAUGAAAGUAGCUGUGAAGCGAAGCCAACCAGGGGCUGGACAAGGCAUCUCUGAAUUCGAGAGGGAAAUCACGAUCUUGUCGAGAAUUCGCCAUCGACAUCUCGUUUCGUUUAUCGGGUAUUGCGACGAGGGACUUGAGAUGGUUUUGGUUUAUGAGUUUUUGGAGAAAGGAACUCUUAGGGAGCAUCUUUACAACUCAAAGUUGCCUCCUCUGGCUUGGAAGAAACGACUUGAAAUUUGCAUCGGUGCAGCUAGAGGCCUGCAUUAUCUACACAAAGGCUCGGCCGGAGGUAUCAUUCACCGUGAUGUCAAAUCGACCAAUAUCUUGCUCGAUGAGAAUCUCGUUGCGAAAGUGUCCGACUUCGGACUUUCAAGAGCAGGCCCUCUGGAUGAAACUCAUGUGAGCACAGACAUCAAAGGGACAUUCGGGUAUCUCGAUCCCGAGUACUUCCGAACGCAACAAUUGACAGAGAAAUCCGAUGUGUACUCAUUCGGCGUACUUCUCCUAGAGGUUCUAUGUGCAAGGCCGGCUUUGAAUCCAACACUCCCAAGAGAGCAAAUAAAUCUAGCAGAAUGGGGAGUUCGGUGCAAGAAAAUGGAGCUGCUUGAAGAGAUCAUAGACCCCAAAUUGGAGGGCCAAAUCGAACCCAACUCCUUGAGAAAGUUCAGUGAUACAAUAGAAAAAUGCUUACAAGAGGAUGCUGCUAAUAGGCCAACAAUGGCCGAUGUGCUGUGGGACCUGGAGUAUGCGUUGCAGCUUCAACAGAGCACAGCCCCCAGGAUGCCACAUGAGGACAGUGAAACCAUCGGCAUUGGCACCUCCUCCACGGCCAUUCAGCGUUUCGGUUCCAUUGGUUCAUCGGUUCUAAGGGACGAUCCAGACAUGAGUCAAGAUGUAGAAUCUCACUUGACUGCUUCUGAAGUUUUCUCUCAAAUGAAGGCAGAUCAUGGGAGAUAGACGACAUAAACGCUUAUCCGAUCUCAUCCAAAUUACCAUAUUUAAAAUGUUGUUGUUGCUGUUGCUGUGUAACCCAAUUAGCUGUAUAAAUUCUGUUGUGGAUGUUUUUCUGUUGACCCGAACAUGACCAAACUGGUUACGAUCAAAUAUCGUUGACCAAAAUGUCAAAGGCUCACGAAGAUUAUCUUUUGAACAUUGAGACCGUUUUGUGGAGAAUGUUCAAAUUUGAUGAAAUUGGUAUACAUUUAUAGGAGAAUAAGACGUAGAAAAUGUUUUACUAUU